GUAUGGUUGAAAGGUUUGAAGAAAAUUGUGGAUAUAACUGACCGCUUUGUAUCAGCACAAUGUGCUAAAAGGUGUCAUUGAUAUAGUUUUUGAAAAUAUUGGUAACUAUGGUGACUAUUGACACUGUCGACGCCAAAGCCGCUGACAAAAUGUUUGCAUCAGUUUCGCGGGCUAAAUUCGUUUGAAUCGUGUUUCUCCUUUUGGACUACCAUGUUGUGAUGAUGAAGAAACCAAAGGAAAAGACAGAACAAAAUCUUUUCAUACCAAACAGUGUGCUGAUAAAACUUACAGAUGUUCAUCCAAGCCCAACAUCCUUGUCCAUAAAGCAGUUAAUUUUGUUGACCAUUGAGACCCGAGAUGUUAACAAACAAGUGGCACAUUUAAGAAAGGCGUUUGAUGAGUGGAAGAAAUCACCUCCAGAUGAUGCUGCUCUGGUUCAAAAAUAUGUUGAAGUUAUAUGUUUCAUAUAUAUUGACUGCGACGCAAAGAAUCCUUGUCGAAGAACAAUUGCAAGUUUCAUCAAGAAUAUGAAUGCUUGUGGACAAAAAUGUGCUGUGGAUGGUCUGGGUAGAUCUUUGUUGCAUCUGCUGGAUGUAGACAGUUUGACUAAGGCCACUUGCCAUCCUGCUUUAAGAAAGAAGGUCGACACAAUUGGAUCUUUGCUGGAAAAUUUUGAGCUGGGUGAAAAAUGUCUAUCAAGAAAUGUUGUUAUUGCUUUAAGGUUCCUUGUUAUGACCUUGGAAAGUCAAGUGACGCUAGAAAGUUUACAAAGAACUCCUGUUUUACAAACUGCUGCCAUGCUCGACUGUCUUGUGACGAUAAAAACGACGAUAAAUGUGCUUCAAAAGUGUAAAGAAGCGAUUAACGACAUAUCUGGUGACGAAAAUAGCGAGACUUUGCCAUUGUUUCAACGUUUCGUCAGAAACGUUGUUGAUGUUUUGAAAAAAGAUUCGUUUUUCCCGGACUGUCGCAGCGCAGCUGGUAUGGCUUUAGUUCUCGUUGUCAACAUGAUGACUAAAUCUAAUACAACUGUGGCAACUGUAAUUUUAUACAUGUUCUUUCCUUCCUACAUGAACGAGCGCAGUAGUGACGAGGGUAUUGAUCCUGACCACUGGCUUAUGAAGAGUUUCACUCUAGAUGACUUGAAAGUUGUAAGUGAAUUUUCAUUCCUUAGCAUUUGUCGUGGUUUGAUUACCAUGAUGCACCAGGAUUUUCUCAUUGCCAACGAAAAGCUGUUGAGUGACGUUCAAGGGGAACCUGGCAAUCUUUUGCUUGACGUUCUUUUUCCUGAACUAGUAUCUUUAUGUCUAAGGUUAAAGGAUUCAAGUUUAUUGGUAGCUCUUAGAACUUUGGUAUCUUGGGCUGUUGAAGUCAGGAAUUGCAUCGUAAAGUUUGGCUUGGCUUUCAAAAUGAGGUUGCAUGGCGAAGGCAAAAUCAUUCAAACAUUGCUGAGUUUUGUGUGGAAUUUCUGGGAUCAUCCUCUUGAGGCUAUGAGACAUCGAACACGAGAGAUUUUCGACAGCGCUUUGAAAAUGCACUUGGCAGUCACGUGUAAUGGUGACUCAGAUCAAUUUUUGAGAAACCUCUGUAGGAAAUUAUGUGAAAUGAACAUUUUCAUACGUGGAAAGUAUGGACCUUUGUGUUGUUUGGUGGAUAUUUUGGGAUGUGAGACGAUGCUGUCGAUACGCGCAACCAUCCCAAAUGAUAUCAUAUCUGUCAUGGCGGAUCAGACUGUAGUUCCGCAUGCAAUGGAGUUUGCUCAAAAAAUGUUUGCGAGUCAUAUGAAUGAGCAGUCUAAGACAUCGACAGAUUUUAUGAAACAUUGGUUCAAGCUGUGGGUCCUACCUGCUCUACAGAGAAUGUCUGUUAAUGACAAGCAAACAAGAAAGCAUGUAUCAGAGUAUUACGUUCCUGCUCUUUUGAAAUGUGCUCCAGACUGCUUGCUCGAAAUAAUUGAAGAACUCACUGAUGGCAGUUUAUCACAAGGAAAGUUUGUUCUGGAUAAAGUUCAUUGUCUGAUAACGUGCCUAAAAACUGCUCGGCAUCUUGGAUUGUUGCCCAAAGCGGAUGUUUUAGAGGGACCCACGACCAAAAGUGAAGACUUGUUUUUAGGUUGUGUGUCACAAAAGGUUAUUGAAAGAGCUUUAUGCCACAUGGAUGAGGAAGUUCGUGGCGAUGCUCUUGGCCUGAUAUGCGAUAGUGUAAGGACAACCGAACCAUUAACACAAAAAGAUUUCGACUUGUUGAAAGAGUUUUAUCCCGACAACAUGAACAGUCAAUCUUCAUCUUUUCGACAACGUGUUCUUGGUAUGACAAAAAAGCUAUUGGUUCGUUUAAGAGAUGGGGGUCGAACAUGGCAGAAGAAGUUGCAUGAAAACACCAACGUAGAGAGAUGCGAUAUCUAUGCUACACAAGUUCAAUUAUACAUCGAGUUCAUUGAAUGGUUUAUUCGUCUGCAAUCGAGUCUCUCUUUCUGGAGCGUCAUUUGGUCGAUAUUUUCUCGUGCUAAAGAAGAAACUUUUUUCAUCUUUGAUUCUUCCGUUAUUUUCACUUCUCAAACUAUAUGCGUCCUUUUGGAUUGUUUGAAUGACUCCUACGAUGUGAACAAACAGCUGGCUUUCCAGUUACUUGCGGUCUGUUCAGAUGUACAAUCGUUCAAGGACAAAAAAUUUUCAGAUAAAUGGACGUUGACAGCAAUGAAGUAUUCCACCAGUCCAAAAGCUGUCAAUGUUAGCACUGCUGCAUUUAUGUUCAAGAUACUUGUUCGUAAAUUACCACAUGUUAUAUGCUUGCCUAUUAAUGUACAACAAGAUCACUUAUCAUCAAAGAAGACGGACUCUCAUAAAGAAGAAAAUAGUAGAGUAGGGAAAAAUGAUGAAGUCGUCACAGCCUUCGUAGCUCAAGAUGAGGAUUGUUUGCAAUCUGAAAAUGCUUACUGUCUUUCAAAAGAACGAUCUUCAGGCUCCUUUCCUUUGACUGAUACUCAUCCUGUUGUAGAAUAUGGAAAUCAUGAUGAUCAUUGUUCAUUUUCUAACCAAGAGGAACAUGUUUAUGUUGAAAACAAUCUUCCUACCAGUCAUCAUAACAAGGCUAACGACGAAACGGUGUCGACAAUUAAUAAGAUGACUUUCAAACUUAAAUCCAAUGACCAAGAUAUACCUCAUGCACAAGCUUACCGAUUACUUUUCCAACUGCUUUUGUUGCUGAGGUCUCAGGUUAAUAUUGCCAUUGGGAAUUUGCUCCAAGCGGCCAUUGAAGCCCCGAUGCAUGGCUUAUUAUAUUGUAUACGAGGUGUCUUGUGCGACUUUGAACUAAGGGAAGUCGCAGAAAGCUUUGAAUGGCAAAAUUUAAUUUCAGACAUUUUGCAAUUAUGUUUUGACGUCGUAAGUGUUGUAUCUCCAGUUGUAACAAAUUCUUCACCAGAAGGAAAUGUCUACGAUAUUGAAACAGCCGAAAAAAAUGCUGAAUUUGGUCAUGAAGAAAAUGAAGAUUUUGAAGAUUUUGCUCCAAAAUCUCAAAUAUUGUUAGUCUGUUGUUGGCGUGCAAUGAAAGAAGUUUCUUUACUUCUUGGUGAAAUAACUAAGCGAGCUCCAGUGAGACACGAAAAUGCAAGUUAUGGUUUGUUGAAUUUUCAUCAGUUAGAGGAAGUUGGUCUGUUGUUUACAACAAUGCUGUUAACGUCAAAGCACAGAGGAGCUUACGAACUGGCUCAUGAAGGAUUUGUAAAACUUUGUUAUAUGUUAUGGAGAAGUCCUCAACAUGACAUCCAACGUCUUCCUGAAUGCUUUCUCAACAAACUUUUAAAAGAUAUUUCAUCUGAUAAUCCCUCCGAAUGGUUAUGUGGAACAAGACGAAGUGCUGGUCUACCUUUCUUUUUUAAGGCUAUUGUGACGACAGAGCCGAACACUACUGGCAAAUAUUGUUUUAAAUCUGUAAUGAAAGAACUUUUGAAAACAGCUGCAAAAUCUGUAGACGUUCAAAGUUCUGACGACACAACUCUACCCCAGGUACAUGCAAGAAAUAUUCUACGUGCUCUUUAUAAAGAGACAAAACUAGGAGAGGACGUGUUUCCAUUUGUUGCUGACGGUGUUCGUGUUGCAAUUGAAGGUUUUUUGUCCGAAAUAUGGGCGAUUCGAAAUUCUUCCACAUUGAUGUUCAGUGCUUUGAUGAAUCGGAUUUUUGGCCCACAAACCUUUCAAGAAGAUAAACGUCGAAAAGGAAUGACUGGGCGAGAAUUUUUUUCAAGAUUUCCAUCCUUGCAUUCUUUCCUAAUUGAGCAACUUCAAAUUUCGUUGAAAGAUGUCAAAAGUGAUGACUAUAUGGGAUCAUCAGUUUGUAUGCAUCCCAGUUUGUAUCCAGUCCUUUUACUCUUAUCUCGUCUUCAUCCGUCAGCAAUGGAUGGCAAUGAUUCCACUUUAAACAUGUCUGCUUUCAUACCAUACGUACAAAGGUGUUCAAAGAGCUGUGUUUUAAAGACUCGUUCUAUGGCUGCCCGUGCACUCGUGCCUUUAGUGUCGGGUGUAACGUUAAAAGAGAUGUUGACGAGCCUUAUUAAAAGUUUGCCUGUUUCACCAAAUGAAAGAAUAAAGCAAAAUGAAAUCCACGGUUCUCUUUUACAGAUAAAGGAACUUCUAAAAUGUGUUUCAACGAACGGUUCUCUCUCCCCUCAAACAAAGUGUGAUAUUUAUGAAUGUUAUGUUCCUUUGUUGUCUGAGAGUCUUUGGUUGGGGACCAGGUUCAACUCUUGCAACAUGAAGUUUCAUGUAGUUCAACUCUUGCAUGUUUUCUUCUAG